AUGAAAAAUCUUGAGGAAACUUUUAUUGGUUUCUGUACACUUCUACCUAUAUUCGUACCCCUGUGGCCCGAGUGGGAUGUUACAGCCAAAGACGCGGCUAUUCGAUCGGCUUUUAAAAAGGAAAUCGAUGAGAGAAUCGCACGGGAAAUCUCUGGGGAGGAGCUCGUCGAGGUGACAUAG